CAACGUGGACGCAGUCCGUCCGCGGCGAAGGCGGCGCGCGGAGCGUCUCACAGUGAGUGGGACAUUGAGAAGUGGUUUGAAAAGGAUCAAGGGACCGUCCUUGCAUUUUCACUUUACUUGGCGAGCAAGGUCUUUCCGAAGGACACUGUGACAAUAUGAAAGUCCUAGUUCUGGUAACGGCGCUGUGCUGCGCGAAGGUGCUGGCCGAAGACAGCCCUUACGUGCAGCAGGGCAUAGUUCCGGACAUAAUAGACGCACCGCCGGCAGGAGAGCUCCAGGUCAACUUCGCCAACAACCUUAAAGCGUCGUAUGGAAACGAACUGACGCCCACCCAAGUGAAAGACCAGCCGGUCUUUUCGUGGUCAGGGACGAGCGGCGAUCUGUUCACGGUGUUCAUGGUUGACCCCGACGCCCCUUCAAGGCAGAACGCCAGCUUGAGGUGCUACCUUCACUUCGCGGUGGCCAACGUGCCUCAAAACGACGUAGCCCACGGGACGAUCCUCGCUCCGUACAUGGGGUCGGCACCGCCCAAGGACAGCGGGCUUCAUCGCUACACCCUCCUGGUGUACAAGCAGCCUGGCUUCAUUCAGACAAGUGCGAUAACCGACCGCCGCAAGUUCUCCGUGAGGGACUACGCCUCCAAGAACGAGCUGGGCGCCCCGGUGGCGGGCAACUUCUUCCUCGCCCAGUUCGAAACGGCGGGCAGCGGCGGCGAGAGCGUGAUCGGAAGCGCGAUGUACGUGACGGGCGUCACCGUCGUCGGACUGUACCUGAGCUGGAACUGUUCUUGAACCACGUGAAGAGCGAGCGCGUACUCCGCGCCACCGCCUUGCGCCUCUGCCGGUGCGCCCCCGACCUCGUGUCGAGGAACACGCUGCACGCGCUGUUCCGGUGCGAGGACGAAGAAGACGCCGCCCGCAACGCCGGCCCCCUGCCCUUGUACUUCCGCCACGACAAACGCUUCCUGCUCCCGCAAUAAACGCGUGCUGCAACAAACCA